GAAAGCAGCAGAGAAAUAAGAAUAUCGUCGAGGUGGCUGGUGUGCUUGGCUCGUUGUGGAAAUGUGCAUCGUUGUAAUGGGUACCAAGUGUCGGACGUUGGCGAUGAACGAUUGUGAGACUCUUCGCUGUCGCAGCUAAGGUCUCAAAACAUGUUGAGGAAAGCCGAUUUCCUCAUGUGUAACUGAAUAUGAUAGACCCCAGUUCUACAGAAGAUGAAAGCGACGAAGAAAUCGCACAACGAAGAAAACCUGGCAAGAAACAAACCCUCAAGUCGCAGCAGUCCGAUGUUAAAGAGUUAUCUUUACCGCCUGCCGACGCUCCGGCGGUUACCCACCAUCAUCCGCCGACCAGAGUACAAGAAGCCGAAAUCAAACCGUCUAGAUCAAGAUCGUUAUCUCCUGGAAAUAGCGUCACAAGUGCCGGACCGGAGAGCACUAGUGGACGCAGUAAUUUGUCUAUCAGCGCUAGUCCAUCGCCUUCACGUUCAGUACCUGCACCUCGCCCGAGUAGUCCAAGUCCAUCGGUUACUAGUCAGCUAACAGAAGCUGAAUUACAAGAAAAACAAGAACGCGAAGAAGAAGAGCGUAAAAGACGUCUACAAUUGUAUGUGUUCGUAUCAAGAUGUGUAGCUUACCCUUUCAACAGCAAACAGCCAACCGAUUUGGUGCGGAGGCCGUUGAAAAUUACCAGAGCUCAGUUGGAACAAAUACAAGUUCGGUUUGCGAGUUUCCUGAAAGGAGAUACGCAAAUUAUGGCCGACGAAGCGUUUCAAAAUGCCGUGCAAAAUUACUACGAAAUGUUUUUGUGCUCGGAACGUAUAUUUAAAAUGGUACAGUCGGGUGGUUGUUGCCAGAACGAUUUCCGAGAAGUGUUUAGAAAUAAUAUCGAAAAACGUGUUAGAUCGUUGCCUGAAAUUGACGGCUUGAGUAAAGAUACGGUGCUGACAUCUUGGAUGGCCAAGUUCGAUUGUAUUUUCAAAAUUGGAGAAGAGGAGCCGAAAAGACCAUCUAGACUGCAGCAGAAUUUGAAUAGCGAAUUGAUUUUAUCGAAGGAGCAGCUGUACGAUAUGUUUCAACAAAUUCUCGGAGUGAAGAAGUUCGAACAUCAGUUGCUUUAUAAUGUUUUACAGCUGGACUCGGCCGAUGAGCAGGCAGCCGCUAUUCGUCGUGAAUUGGACGGCAGAAUGCAACAAGUUCAAGAAUUCGAAAAAAAUAAAAAAUUGUUACCAAAAUUCAUUCUAAAAGAAAUGGAUAUGAUGUAUAUAGACGAAUUAAAAAAUAAUAUUAAUACGUUAAUGGCUAAUCUGGAAUCGUUACCAGUGUCAAAAGGCACCGUAGAUGCGAAAUACGGCUUGCCCAAGUUGAAACGUUAUAAUCCGAGUUUUGCUGUUCGAAGGUCUUCAUCGGCGUUGGCGAAACUCGACAGCGAAUUAGCCGAUUCGGAGAUGCAUCUUACCAAAAUGGAUGUGGUUUUGUCGUUCCAGCUAGAGGUGGUCGUAUUGGAGGUGAAAGGAUUAAAAACACUGUCGCCCAAUAGAAUCGUGUAUUGUACGAUGGAAGUCGAAGGAGGCGAAAAACUGCAGACUGAUCAGGCUGAGGCGUCUAAACCAAUGUGGGACACGCAGGGAGAUUUUACUACCAUGCAUCCUCUUCCUGUGGUUAAAGUGAAAUUAUACACAGAAAAUCCUGGCAUGUUGGCGCUUGAGGAUAAAGAACUGGGUAAAGUGAUCAUCAAACCCACUCCGCUUACUUCCAAGGUUCCAGAAUGGUAUAAAAUGGUAGUACCUAAAAAUUGCCCCGACCAAGAUCUACGUAUAAAGAUCAUCUGCCGAAUGGAGAAACCGUUGAACAUGAAACACUGUGGAUACCUGUACGCUGUUGGCAAAUCAGUAUGGAAAAAGUGGAAAAAACGAUAUUACGUUUUGGUGCAAGUAUCUCAAUACACAUUCGCCAUGUGCAGUUAUAAAGAGAAACGUUCCGAACCGACAGAAAUGAUGCAAUUGGACGGAUACACUGUGGAUUAUAUCGAGGCUAAUAACGCACAGCUGAUGGUCGGAAUGGACCUCGAAGGAGGCCGGUAUUUUUUCAACGCCGUCAAAGAGGGCGAUAGCAUUUUGUGGGCGUGUGACGACGAGAACGAGUGUCAUUUGUGGGUUAUGGCGUUAUAUAGAGCUACCGGACAGGCUCAUAAGCCUACACCACUCACCUCUAAUACACCCAAGACGGCCGGAUUGUGCAAAACCCAAGCUGAUGCGGAUAGAGCUCGAAAACACGGAAUGGAAGAAUACAUAUCAGCGGAUCCAUGUAAAUUUGACCAUAACUCAAUGUUCAGAUCGUUACUAACGUUGACGUUGGAUUAUAGACUGCACGAUCCGUACUGUUCGAUGGGUUGGUUCAGUCCAGGACAGAUAUUCGUACUAGAUGAAUAUUGCGCUCGAUACGGAGUUCGGGGGUGUUUCAGACAUUUACAUUAUAUGAACGAUUUGCUCGAUCGAGCCGAAAAGAAUACCAUGGUCGAUCCUCAUCUGAUGCAUUUCAGUUAUGCAUUCUGCGUUAGUCAUGUUCAUGGCAAUAGACCUGAUGGAGUAGGCACGGUUACCAAUGAAGAACGUGAUAAAUUCUUCGAAACUAGAGAACGUCUGAUACGAGUUUUAGAGCACGACGUUACUCAUUUUAGGUGUUCAUAUCCAUUCGGUCGGCCAGAAGGUGCCUUAAAAGCUGCCAUUUCAUUAUUAGAAAGAGUCCUAAUGAAAGACAUCUCAUCGCCUCCUAUGGUCAGCGACGAGUUUCGUAACAGCCUGAAAAGAUGCCUAGAAAAGGCCGCGCUCAUAAAUUACGGUAAUUUAACAGCCGAAGUCAGACUGGACGAUGAUCCAAACGCCGAUGGAAAUUCGCACCAUAAUAAGAAACUAGACGAUUUAAUACGUUUAGCCGAAAUGUGCGUCGACCAACUGCAGCAAAACGAGGAACAUUACGCUGAGGCUUUCGCUUGGUUCAGCGAUCUAUUGGUGGAACAUGCGGAAAUAUUUUGGGCUUUGUUUGCUGUCGACAUGGAUCGAAUAUUAGCCGAGCAACCUCCCGAUACUUGGGAUUCGUUUCCGUUGUUCCAGAUACUAAACGAUUACUUGAGGACGGAUGAUAAUCUGAAAAAUGGUCGCUUCCAUCAACACUUGAGAGAUGCUUUCGCUCCUUUGGUGGUGCGUUACGUGGAUCUAAUGGAAUCGUCGAUUGGUCAAUCUAUCCAUAAAGGUUUCGAAAAGGAAAGAUGGGAACCGAAAGGAAACGGAUGUGCUACUUCCGAAGAUCUACUUUGGAAGUUGGAUGCUCUUCAGUCGUUCAUUAGAGAUCUCCAUUGGCCCGAUGAAGAAUUCAGAAUGCAUUUGGAACAGAGGCUGAAAGUGAUGGCUUCCGAAAUGAUCGAAUCUUGCGUUACUAGGACUGAUACCUCUUUUCAACAAGGAUUAAAACGAGGGGUUACGUUUAUUUCGACUGAUUAUAUUAUACCGUCGGAGAUUUGCUGCAUGUUGAAUGUGAUAAUUGACACGAAAACACAGUCGUUCAAAUUGUGCACUAUCGACGGAGUUGAUCUGUAUCAACUACAUUCUAAAAUCGACGAUAUAAUAGAAAAAACACUGUUGAAUAUGUCGCAAGGAAUGAUCAAUAAAUUAGUAUCAGUGCUGGAAGCUACGCUCUCAAAACUGGCUAGAUAUGACGAAGGUAGUUUGAUCGGGUCCAUUCUUAGCUUUACGAAUGUGUCAGGAUCUGGUAAAGAGAUGGGCCAAGCUUAUGUGAACUUUACUAGAAACUCGAUGGAUCAAAUUAGAAGCAAAGUCAACGACGAGCUUUGGAUAUUGAACUUUUUCGAACUUUGGUAUAUGGCUCAGGUUCAAAUUAUCUGCAAUUGGUUAUCGGAAAGAAUGGAGCAUUCGUUGCAUUACUACCAGUGUAUGUGCUUAGCUCAUAUCGUUAGGAAAAUGUAUUCGGAUUUCGAACUUCAAGGCGUCACCGAAGAUAAAUUGAAUUCGAAAACGUAUCAAAAUAUAUUAACGAGAAUGCAGACUGAAGAAGCAACUUGUGCACUUACUAUGAGUGAGACCGAUGGCGAACAUGCCGAUGAAUCAGAACGUAAAAAGACUAAAAUGCCCGGUUCCCAAGACGACAACAUCGUCGGUAUGCUGACCAGCGCUACGAACAACGUCGUUGGCAAAGUGGGCGACAUGGUGGGCAAGGGCUUCGGCGGCAUUUCCACCAAAUUCGGUCCAGGUAGUUGGUUCUAGAAGAUAACUGAAAACGACAACCGGAUACUACUUCACUUCAUUGUUUGAUGUAGGGUAACGUUGGACGUUGUUGUUGUUGUUGAAUUGCCUUAUAUUGUGAUAGGUCUGACUGACACAGACCUUUUAUUAAGGGUACCAAUGUUGUAUAAAUCUAUAUGUGUAAUUUGUAUUAUGUGUAUAGUUUGCGUGAGUCGACAAGAGUGUCGUGUGUAUCCUCUCAUUUCAACGAAGAUGAUACCGUAGAAGUAGUAUGUUUCGGGAAUUCCCCUCCAAUUCUCCCACCACGUUGUAGAAUGAGUGGCUUCUUCAUUUCAUAUUUUUAUUCGAUUGAUUCCGCGUACAAAGGCGAAUUUGAUUAUUCCUCCAAAGUUUGCCACGCGUAAAAAUUUCGCAGCUGGUGUUUGUUGUUUUUUUUUUUACCAAUUUAAUAUUAUUAUAAUACGAUAUUUAUCUCCGGAUAAAAUGGAAAAUAAAAUACAAAAACGACGGCCUAAGAUAUUAUUAUCUCAUUUUCUCUUCUCCUUGACAACUUCCUUAACACGUACCUCGAACGAAGAUGGUGCGUAAGCGUAAGCGUAACACGGUGCGGUUUCAAUAAAGGUCUUUAGAUCGUCAUUAUAUUACAUUAUUACUAUUCGUAUUAUGUUAAUCAUGAUGAUUUUUAUUCGCCAUUAAGAUAACCUUACCUUUUCUAGAGCUACUUAUUUGUAUUUUUAAAUGUAAAUAGUAUAUAUGUAUUUUUAUAUGCAAACUAUAUUGUACCUCUACCUCUACGUACUGCGUACGGUAUCUCUUACCUAUUUAAAUAUUUAGCCACACAAAUAUUGUCGGAGGAAGGGGGAGAAAAUUUUCUAACAGUUGCAUUUCUGCAAUAACGAACGCUGUAAUUGUCAGAUGUGUGAGCUGAGCAGUGAAAUUUUCUCCUCUGCGACGAGAUUCCUGUUUUACUACAUUCCUAAGUAAAUAACACAGCAAUAAUUGCUCUACAAUCACUGUGUAUUAUAUAUAUAAACUAGGCACUUAUACGCGGACAAAAAAUAGGUAUACUGUGUGUUACCUAGACCUACCUAAUCUAUAACUACGUACCAUAAUGUAAUAUUUUAUACUACAUAUGUAUUACGAGUGAAUUUCGUACGUGUCAUUUUUUUAUAUACUAACGAAAUGAGCACGGAUUAUAUAUCGUAUACUAUACGUUUUAUACCAAAAAAUGAAAAAAAAAUUAUUUUAUUCAAAUUUAUCGUGUAUGUUUAGUACCUACAUUAUUACGAUAUUUAAUGCAUUGCAUAUGAGAUAAGCAUGCGGAAGGAGCGAAUUAAAUAGCUAUUAUUUUACCGACGAGGUACACGCGAGAUUUAUUAUUGUAAAUAAUGCGGCGAUGUUAAGUGUUUUUAUUUUUCAAAUCAUCGAGAUCCUAAAUUUUUAACGAUUUAAUCUUCAUUCGAUCGAAAAAAUUGUUUUUGUAUUUUUUUUUUUUUUUGUUAACGAAAAUUUCAGCUCUCUACAAAGGACCCUCUUAUCUCUGCGAGACUGCUGACCCAAAGUUAAGUAUCAGUUGACCAGUUGAGACUAUACUGUGUUCAUUAAAAAGAUAUAUGAAAAUUUAAAUUUUACUAUGUUAAUCUUUCCGCUUAUAUCUAAAAAAAAAAACGUGAUUUUUAUGUAUAAUGAUGACGAUUCACCACCAUGAUGAAAAAAAACACAAUCACACACGAUGAUGGUUUUUCAUUUUGUUUUUGUUUCGAAGAAAAAAGAAAACGCGCAUUUUCUUCCCACCUCUUCUUUACGUCUUUAUUUCUUCAACCAGUCACGUUUUCGUGUGUUAUUAUUUUACCAUUUAAAAAAAUUGUGUUAAUAUUUUUUUAAUUACAGGGUGAUAUUUUUUAAGAUGACUUUUUAAGAAAAAAAAAAACCAUAACCGAAACAGAUCGUUGAAUUUAUGG